UGCUCGCGGUUCCAGAGCGGCGGCGCUGCGGGCAGCACUGGCUUGCGCAGUCCCCGCGCCCCACAGAUGGAGCCCCGGUCACAGCGGCGGCGACGGAGCCGCCAGCUUGUGGCCGCCUUCCUGCGCGACCCGGGGUCGGGGCGCGUGUACCGGCGCGGGAAGCUGAUCGGCAAGGGCGCCUUCAGCCGCUGCUACAAGCUCACAGACAUGUCCACCAGCGCGGUGUUCGCCCUCAAGGUGGUGCCGAGGGGCGGGGCGGGGCGGCUGCGCCUGCGCGGGAAGGUGGAGCGAGAGAUCGCCCUGCAUAGCCGCCUGCGCCACCGCAACAUCGUGGCCUUUCACGCACACUUCGCGGAUCGCGACCACGUGUACAUGGUGCUGGAGUACUGUAGCCGCCAGUCCUUGGCUCACGUGCUGAAAGUGCGUCGGACCCUGACGGAGCCUGAGGUACGCUAUUACUUCCAGGGCCUGGUCAGCGGCCUGCGCUACCUGCACCAACAACGCAUCGUGCACAGAGACCUGAAACCCAGUAACUUCUUCCUCAACAAGAACAUGGAAGUGAAAAUAGGAGACAUGGGGCUGGCUGCCCGGGUGGGCCCCACCGGUCACUGCCACAGGGUGCUCUGCGGAACUCCAAACUUCCAGGCCCCUGAAGUGGUGUCCCGAAACGGACACUCUUGCAAGUCUGACAUCUGGGCUCUGGGGUGCAUCAUGUACACAGUGUUGACAGGCACGCCACCCUUCACUGGGGCACCCUUGUCAGAGAUGUACCAGAGCAUCCGCGCUGGCCACUACCCAGAGCCUACUCACCUGUCACCCAGUGCCCGCAGCCUCAUUGCUCGCCUUCUGGCGCCCGAUCCCGCCGAGCGGCCCAGCCUGGACCACUUACUCCAGGAUGAAUUCUUUACUCAGGGCUUCACCCCAGAGCGGCUGCCUCCACACUCCUGCCACAGCCCGCCCGUCUUUGCCUUCCCUCCUCCGCUGCGCAGGUUGUUCCGGAAAGUGGGCCAGCUCCUGCUAACCCAGUGUCGGCCACCUUGUCCCUUUACCUCAAAAGAGGCCUCAGGACCUGGGGAAGAAGGGACAGAACCUGACCACAUGGAGUCCAGCAAUGAGGAUGGGGCUCCUCUCUGCCCUGAGAGCCAAAUCCACCUCCUCACUCUCGGGACCUUGCCGACUGACCUGGCAGACCCAAAGGGGACCUUGGCACUGCAGGUGGAGGCAGCAACCGGAAAACUGAACCUCUGCUUGGACGCAGGACCCGUGGCUGCACAGGACCCGCCAGGGGAGCAGCGCCCUGUCCUCUGGGCUCCCAAGUGGGUGGAUUACUCCCUCAAGUAUGGCUUCGGUUACCAGCUGUCGGAUGGGAGUAGUGGUGUGCUGUUUCGAGACGGCUCCCACAUGGCCCUGCGCGCCCCAGGAGGCCAUGUCUCCUACCAAGCCGACCAAGGAACUCUGUGGACCUUCACCCUGAGGGAUGUCCCCAGCCCACUUCGCGCCAAGCUGGCUGUCCUGCGGCUCUUUGCUUGCUACAUGCAGCGGCGUCUGAGGGAGGAGGGGACGGUGGCCGUUCCUGCUGCACCCGCCUCGCCUGACUUCUCUCUGCUGAGCUUCCUCGCUGAUUCCCAGGCUCUGGUCAUGCUGUUCAGCAAUGGGACAGUGCAGGUCAGCUGCAAACCAUCCCAAAGCCAGCUGGUGCUGAGCGGCGAAGGUGAGGGCUUCCUGCUCACCCUCUGGGAGCCAGGUGGACCAAGCAUGGGCAUCUCCUACUCACUUGGCGUCCUGCGAAGUCAUGGCUGCCCCCUCGGGGUCCACCAGCACCUGAGCCAUGGGCUGCGCCUGCUGCAAAGUGUCUCAUGA